AUGCAUUCCACUCUCACAACCAUCAUCCUCCUCUCAACACCCAUCCACGCCAGCAUCACAGCUCGCGUUUGGACACAUUUCUACCCAAACUGCCCCGGCGAGCCCUUCUCCAACCUCGACACAUACGAGAACUACGAAGAAACCGCCCCCUCCCAAGUAAUAACCACGGGCAUAUGCGCCAACAUUGGCGUCCCCUCUUACGAACACAACCUCGUCAGCGCAGUCUCAGUAGACGCCGAGCUUCUCUCCCAAGAUGCAGGCCACCCCUACCCACCCGAGAACGGACCUAGUUGCAACAUCACCGUGCACGAGGUACCAGAGUGCAUUGAUCCACCCCUGAUCAGCAAGGAACUUCGCAACGGUGUCGAAGUGAGCCAAUGCGAGCCGCGUUCUUUCGCGGCGUACAGCGAAGUCUGGAUACAACUUGUCUGCGACGAUAAGAAUGAAGAGUCGCUGCAGGAUCAAGCGCAGGAUAUCCCGCGUAUUGAAGAUACUACCAAAAUCGAGAGCGCAGAGAGUGCUGCGAAUGUGCAGACGCCCGGCUCGAAUGCCUUCUCCUGGUCCAAGGCUCAGACUGAGUACGCAGGACGCAAGCCUGAGGAGGAAGUGCGCGUGAAUAAUGACGGCCAUGCUGAAAGUGAGAAGAUUGUUCAUGCGAUCAUGGAGAAGAUUAAGAACCAGUCGGCGAGUAUGGUCACUGGCAAGCAUAAUGGGACGCAACCUGCGUUGAAUGUGACUUUGCAACAUGGUAAUGGGACUUUGCAACAUGGUAAUUGGACGGUUUCGGGGAAUCGGACUCUGACGAGGAGAAAACUGUCUGUUCUGCGCAAUCGUGUAGCUCGAUGGUACUGA